AUGGGUUUCCAGCCUAGAGGAGGUCGUGGCGGCGGUGGUGGCUUCAGAGGAGGACGCGGCGGCGGCGACCGUGGUGGUCGCGGCGGCGGUGGUUUCCGCGGUGGUCGUGGAGGUGCUCCUGGCGGCGGUCGUGGCCGUGGAGGACCUCGUGGUGGUGGCCGCGGAGCUCCUCGUGGUGGCGGCCGUGGAGGUGCCAGAGGUGGUGCCCGGGGCGGCGCAAAGGUUGUCGUUGAGCCCCACCGUCACGCAGGUGUCUUUGUCUCGAGAGGAAAGGAGGAUCACGCAAGUAACAUUUUGUUGACUCGCAGCUUGGCUCCCGGCCUUGAGGUCUACGGAGAGAAGCGCAUCACUGUUGAGAACUCUGAGAAGGGUGAGGACGGUGCACCUGUUUCUACCAAGGUCGAGUACCGUGUAUGGAACCCCUUCCGCAGCAAGCUGGCUGCUGGUAUUAUUGGUGGUAUUGAGCGCAUCUACAUGCACCCCGGUGCCAAGGUCCUCUACCUUGGUGCUGCCUCUGGUACCUCCGUCAGUCACGUUGCCGACCUUGUUGGCCCGACCGGAAACGUCUACGCCGUCGAAUUCUCUCACAGAUCUGGCCGUGAUCUUGUCAACAUGGCCCAGAACCGCACCAACGUUAUCCCAAUUGUUGAGGAUGCCCGUCACCCUCUCAGAUACAGAAUGCUCGUCCCCAUGGUCGACUGUAUCUUUGCCGACGUUGCCCAGCCCGACCAGGCCCGUAUCGUUGCCCUGAACGCCCACAUGUUCCUCAAGGUUGGUGGUGGUGUUGUUAUCUCCAUCAAGGCCAACUGUAUCGACAGCACAGCUCCCGCUGAGGCUGUCUUCGCACAAGAGGUUCAGAAGCUGAGGGCAGAGCGCAUCAAGCCUCAAGAGCAGCUUACCCUUGAGCCCUACGAGAGAGAUCACUGUAUCGUUAUCGGUCAAUACCAGGAGGCGAAAUAA